CAUGGUGUCGCCAGGGUGUCGCGAGCAGGACAGCGGUUGCCAUGGCAACAGUAGCCUAACGUAACGUCCGUUGAUGUAAAAACCCAACAGAAGGAAGAUGGAGUUAGAGAUGACGGAGACUGUUCGCUCGACACCGAGUCGCCACGAGAAAAGUUUGGGGCUCCUCACGAUGAAGUUUGUCAGUCUGCUUCAAGAAGCGAAGGAUGGCGUCCUGGAUUUGAAAGUGGCUGCAGACAGCUUGGCAGUGAAACAGAAGAGGAGGAUAUACGACAUUACCAACGUACUGGAAGGAGUCGGGUUGAUUGAGAAGAAAAACAAGAACAUAAUCCAGUGGAGGGGAGAGAACUCAGGCAGCCAAACUCAGGAGGUGUUGGAGCAGGUGAAGGUUUUGAAGGCCCAAGUCUCUGAGCUGGAAGCCCAAGAGAAAGAGCUGGACCUCCAGAAGGCAUGGCUCGAGGAGAACAUCAAACAUCUCAACCACGAUCCCGUCACCAGCACUUAUAAAUUUGUCACGCAUGAAGACAUCUGCAAUGCCUUCAGUCGAGACACUCUUCUUGCAGUAAUGGCUCCUGCUGGGACGCAGCUGGAGGUACCUCUGCCAGAAACGGGUCAGAGUGGUCAGAAGAAGUAUCAGGUGAACCUGCGCAGCCACUCGGCUCCCAUCCAGGUGAUGCUCAUCAACAGGGAUUCAGACUCCACAAUACCGGUGUUCUUCUCCGUGCCGCCCAUCGACGACAUCUGUCCAAUGCCAACUCCCCCCAGCACCCCCGCCACCCUGCAGAGGUUUCCUCUCACCACGUCCAGCUUCUCCUCCUCCUCCAACACCACCUCCUCCUCCUCCUACUGCAGCCAGGGCUCCUUCUGCUCAGACCACCAGAUGGUGCUGCCCGACCACGACGAGGCGCUGACGCCCACCUCCACCCCUCCUGACAUGCAGAUGGAGUGUCACGUUCAGUCCGCGGUGAUGUUGGGGCAGCAGCAGAUGGACCUGGGCUCAGAGUUUCAGUCAGUGCUGGACGUGGGCGGCCUGCUGAAGCUCAGCACAGCCGGAGACCACCUGAAGGACGACAGAGAUGGUGCUGUCGACCUUAUUGAUGAGCUAAUGUCUGCGGAUGUAAUAGACUACAGCUUUAACCUGGACGACAACGAGGGAGUGUGUGACCUUUUUGAUGUGCAGAUCCUAAAUUACUGAUGGCCCUCAUCUGAAUCUCAGCACGCACUUUUUGCCUCUCUCUAAAGACGCUCUAAAGAUGCCUUUCCCCAUUUUUGUUAUAAUUGCACAGCUGAUACUUAAACAUACCGCUGUUAUCUGAAAAAAAGCAUACACAUCAGACCUUUUACUGUUUGUCUGCCAGGCAACUUGAGUUUGCCACACAACACAGAAGUGCCUGAAAUACUCACCGAUAUGGUAUAAAUGAACCCACAAUGAGUUAUUAUGUGUCCAAUUUAAUCAUUUCCUAGUUAAAGAUCAUUCAGAGUAAUAGUUGGUGGAAGUGAGCCAGGACAAUCUUCAGCCUUACUGCACUUUUGCGUGUAUGUAUUUUUCUACAUCCAGAAAUGUGAAAAUCCUCUUUGCUUCUUCACCCUCUCUCUGUUCAUGAACGGUUCAGACUGUGAGUGUUCUCUUUAGUUGAUAUUCACAGUAACUUGUAACAAUUCAGUAUUGGCUUCUUUCUUACAUUUGAUACAGGGUAUAUGAUGGAGUUCAGGGCAUGUAAGUAACUUUACAUGAAAAGCAUCAUUUGUAAAAGUUAGUUAUUUUUGAUAAAAGGGCAUUUUGUAUUUAAUGAGUGAAUGUUUUGGUUACAUUUUGUAAUCUUGUUCUCACGUGAAAAUGCCAGAAAGAUUUAUUUUCUAAAUUAUUGAGACUGCCAUUUUAGGCCUCUAAAGUUUUGUUUUUUACAUUUUGUAUAAUUAGUUAUAUAUUUAAAUAACUAAUGUUUUUUUUAUUAUUUAAUUAAAAGAAUAUAUUCUUGGUUCUAGUUUGUUGAAAAUGAAGCUGUUUGACUGCCUUAAUUGUGAUUCGUGAAUUAGCCAGAUAUCUGAUCUGAAAUGUCUAAUUGUUGAGAUGUUAAAUAUUUUGUAUAUUUAUCGUUUUCUUUGAUUACAGAAGUCAUGUUUUUGUGACGUAUUGUUUUUUAUUUGCACAUUUAUGAAGUUUUUUCAAUAAAUCUCCAUUUACAAAGUUGCUGACAACUAGUGAUUAUAAUUUGAUUUGAGCAUACUGAACCUUCGUUAUGUGAGACUGGUUUGUCUGGGAGUAUUCAAGGUUUCAUGUUAUCUGAACGCUUCCUGCAACGCUUUCAUGUUUGGCUGAGUGAAAUGUUUAGCACUCGCAGAUGGCAAACCUCAUGGAGAGCAUGUGUGCCGGAGCCUGACCUGCAGCAUCACUUGAUUUAUACCAGCUGGGAAACGGGAAGAAAAAAAGAUUAAAUGGAAAUGUUUUUUUCUAAUCUCAUUUUUGGAGAACUUGUGAAACUAACACUCAAUAUGUUGACAUUUUGUCUGACGGAUUAAUGACAAUCCACAGGGGACAUUUCCAAGUGCUGUGUUUAUGUCUGAUUCACAGUUUUAAUUUGCUCACAAACAAUAAGCCCUGAACUUUUAUACACUUAGAAGUGCAAUUCAUUUUUAUUGACACAAAGUUUAUAUUGUCCGCUUUAAAACAAAUCUGUUAGCACAACAACAUUUGAUCCCAUCAGCUAUAAACAUAUUGGAACAUUUUGUAAUAUCUGACAUCCUUUAGCUGCUGCUUUAAACAUUUUCUCUUAACCCUUGUUGUGUUCAAAAGCUGUUACCGUUCAUGGUGUUCUCGGGUCAAUUUUGACCCAUGAUUUAUCUCAGUCCAAAACAGACAUUACACCACA